AUGAGACUCACGCAAUUAUCCUUCGCCGUGCUCCUUAGCAUCGGCCUCGUCGCCGCUCUGCCACGGCUCAGUAGCCGUAAUGCCGAGAACAAGCACUCCGCCCGAGACCUCACCGCAGUCAGCGAGGAGGCAUUUGACAACUACGUUAAAUACCUUGUCAGACGCGCCGAAGACGAGCUCAGCGAGGCUGUCUCCGCUAACCUCCUCGUGACGCGGUCUGACAAGCACAUCGAUGGGGAAGACAGCAGCGACGACGAUAGCCAGAGCGACGAUGGUGACGCCAGCAGCGAUGAUAAUAGCGACUCGGACUCAGAUAAGGAUGACGAUGACAGCGAUAGCGAUGACGACGACGAUGAUAGCGACAGCGACGACGAUGACAAGACCACCACUAAGAAGACGACCAGCACCACCAAGAAGAGCACGACGAGUCCCACCAAGACCUCCACGAAGACCACAUCAACCACCAAGACUACCAGCACCACGAAGACUACUUCCUCGCCUACAAAGACCUCGAAGACGACUACUUCACCCACGAAGACCACGAUGACAACGAAGACGACUUCGACCACCAAGAAGCCUAGCCCUACCCCAACUACCACGAAGCCGCACUGUGAGUUCCAUAUACCUAUUACGCUUGAGCCAAGCUUUUUCGGCUGUCCAUACUUUGGAGAUAGCUGCUAA